AAAAAGGGAAAAAUUGCUCUAAGUUUACAAACUCAACUGGAUCGGACCUGCAAACGAUCUACAGCUGUGAAAACGCCCUACAACUCUGAGAGCAUGAAUUUGGAUGAAUACUUCAAAAGAAUUGGUCUCCAUGGUCCAUAUGAUAAUCCGGAUCUUGCAACACUGAAGUUGAUCCACAAACAGCAUGUCAUGUCUAUUCCUUUCGAAAACCUCAGCAUUCACUCUGGUGAGACAAACAUCAUGGACCUUGAGGUCAUUUUCAACAAGAUAGUGAGGAGCAGACGUGGAGGUUGGUGCCUAGAGAACAACUUCCUUUUUGGCUGGGUGCUGAGAGAGAUGGGCUACGAGACUACGAUGUUAGGCUCCAGAGUUUUUGGCAGUACCGGCAAUGAUCUUCCCCCCACUGAAUCUCAUCUCAUCAACAUGGUCGUCAUUGAUGGGAAGGCUUAUAUAACAGAUGUAAGCUUUGGGGUGUCUUCCCAAGUGCGGGAACCCCUAGAGCUCAUCUCUGGAAAGGACCAACCUCAGGCAGGAGGUGUCUUUCGUCUCAUAGACAAGGGGGACAUCUGGGUGUUGGAGAAAACUGGUAGAAAGCCAGAGAUUCUUAAUCCAGACUUUGCUAAAUCAAAUCUUGUCAACAGUAAUGAAACCAAGCAGAUCUUCUGCUUCACCUUGGUGCCCCGUGAGGCUCAUCAUUUCUUUGAAAAAAACCACAUUCUCCAGACAGAUCCUACUUCACUGUUCACCAAUAAAUCCAUCUGCUCUUUGCAAACACCAACAGGAUUUAGAGCCCUAAUUGGCUGGACCUACAGCGAGAUCACCUACAAACCUGAGCAAGAUGUUGAUGUCUAUGACAUGAGAAACAUAACAGAGGAUGAGAUGGAGCAAAUUCUGAGGGACAAGUUUGAUGUAAAGCUCCAGAGCAAACUGCAGCCUGUAAACAACAAAGCAUGGUACACGCUUUGAAAUCCUACACGUUACAUGAUGAUCACACAACCUGUGUUGGUUUCAUGACCAUGGUCAGCAGCUUGUUGGAGAAUAAUCUAAUUAAAAAGCUAACAAUACUUUACAUGAUUGAGUGGGCUUAUCAAUCAGACUGGUUUUCUGUGUCUUUCACUGACAGAAGUUUAACCGUCUCUAUUAGAGGCUUUUUGUGAGACCGUAGACAGUUAAUACAUAUAGAGUCUAUGUGUGAGACUCCUCUUCACUGUCCUGUGGUGUCCUACAGAGCUUAGUUUGAGGUCCCCGAUAGUCUCUUUAUAUCUGAUGCCCUUGGCACAAAUCAUAAACAUAUGUAAUAUUGUAUACAAAUUAUAUGUGAAUGAUAUACAUCUCCAUUUUUCAUUUAAACCCAGUAAGGCUUAUAUGUUAUCUAGGCUUCGUAAGUGUCUAAACACCUUUAGGGAAUGGUUAGCCAAAUGUUUCUAACAGCUCAAUGUUGAUAAGACAGUUCUGGUUUAGGCUUCAGAAAUGAUUGUCAUUGUGUUGGGUCUCUUUCCUUUGUUGUCUGCACUAACCGUGUAAUUUAGGUGUGAUAUUUGAUCAAUCUUUGUUGUUUGACACCCUUGAUCAGCAGCAGUUUAUUCCACUUAAGAAAUAUUGGUGAACUGACAUCUGUAUUUUCAACUACAGAGGCUCCUGCAUAUGUGGCUGAGCUACUUCACCCAUAUUUCUCAGCUUGUUCACUUUCGUCUAAUGUGCAAAAUUUACUGUCCCUUACACCCGACUUAAGACCCAAGGUGAUCGAGCUUUUGAGUCUCACUCUGUUUUGGGUUUCUUGUGUUUUCCCCU